AUGGUCGAUCGGUUGCCCGCACCUAGACGUCACACAGCCAGCGAAACUAUCUCAAACGGCUUGCACAACAAACACGAGUGUGACCCAAGCCCUCUCUCUACCAAUACAGCAAACACCUUCAAAUCGCAAAAGAUUCAAUCCAAACAGCUGUACGACAUGCAUCCAGUCCAACAAGGCCCCAGUCUAGUAAAGUACAGUCUGGAGAACACCCUCACCGAAAAUUCACUCCUCAAAACUUCGACCGAAGGAUCCACAGCAACCCCCUAUUCUCUUCAACGCGCCCUUGGCCAGCUCCGCUUCGGACAAGCCCAGCCAGGCCGCAUAGAUGUUCAUCUACCGCUUCAUAGGCAACAAACCCGCGGAGCCUCCCAGACGGCAGUUCCAAGCAAGGUCGUUCCUCAAGUCCUUCUUCAGCUUCUACGAGAACCUAGAUGGCGAACGAAUUCCGGAUAA